AUGCAUGUCUUCAAGGACCACUUCUCCUGGUCACCUUUGGAUGAAAAUCUGGCAAAUUGCUUUGGUGCUGACCGAAAUUUUGCAGUCUCAAAUUAUGAAGGGAUAAGUGGAUCCUCUAUUGCCCAAGUUGCGUUUAGGCGGAAGGUAAAUAACAAAAUUAAGACGAAGAUCCCAGUUCUUUAUAAGGAACUCGAGCAUCUUUACCAAUUAGCUUCUGCUAUCACUGCACAGAGAGCUAUAUUUGAAAACUCAAAUACUGCUGAUGCGUAUCAUGUGAUUAUCACUGGACUGGCUGGUAAAGAGUUGACUGCUGAAGAACGUCAAGUUGCAAUGGAGGACAUCAAGAAAACCGUUGAUAAGGUAGUCGAAAUAUUUGUUCUUCAUUGCCUUCUUUUUGUAUAAGA